CUGAACAAAACUGACUUGACAGUAUUUUACUAUUUGUCUUGCAAAGAUGUCGGACGCUGCCGAGGCCCCUGCUGCUGCACCUAGUGCUGCUGCUGAUAAGUCAAAGGCUGACAAGCCCAAGAAGCAACGGACACCGCCUACCCACCCGCCCUACCUGACCAUGAUUACCGAGGCCAUCUCAGAGUUGAAGGAGCGGUCGGGGUCUUCCAUUCCGGCGGUCACCAAGAAAAUAGAGGAGCUUCAUGGCAAGGACAUCCACGACCCUAACUUCAAAAAGAAGCUCUCCUACUACCUCAAGACGUUCGCUGAGCAAGGCAAGCUGGUGAAGGUUAAGUCUUCGUACAAACUCAGCGAAGAGCUCAAGGCCAGCUUGAAGAAGUCGAAGCCGAAGGCUCCUAAGGAGGCCGCUGAGAAGGAGGAGAAGAAGCCCAAGGCCGAGAAGCCCAAGGAGAAGAAGGAAGCGGCCAAGCCGAAGGAGGCCGCUAAGCCGAAGAAGGAGGCAGCUAAGCCGAAGAAGGAGGCAGCUAAGCCCAAGAAGGAGGCUGCCAAGCCGAAGAAGGAGGCUGCCAAGCCGAAGAAGGAGGCUGCCAAGCCGAAGGAGGAGGCUGCUAAGCCGAAGAAGGAGGCAGCUAAGCCCAAGAAGGAGGCGGCCAAACCCAAAGAGGCAGCCAAGCCCAAGGAGGCAGAGAAGCCGGCGAAGGAAGCGACGAAGCCAAAGGAGGCAGAGAAGCCCAAGAAGGAGGCGGCAAAGCCCAAGCCUGCGGCCAAGGAGGCACCGAAGAAGGAGCCCAAGGCCAAGGCCGCCCCGGCUGCCAAGGCAUCCCCCAAGAAGGGGAAGAAGUGAAUGCCGCAGCGCCGUAGUCCGUACCAGGCGCUGCUUGGAUGAAUGCAUCUUGAGUUGACGUGCCGUCGGCGGGGCAAUGAGUUACUGGGACCAUGACUGUCACUGACUCCCACCUAUUGAUUAAUUAAUUAGAUGUAGCACCCAUCAAACCUGUACACAAGUGCUUACGUGCGUUUGACGCGUGUAUGUCAACGCUACAUAAUGUACGACACUGCUCGAUGUGAUGAAGCGGUGCUGCCGGAGGACGGGCUGCUAUGCGCGCCUCAGCAUUGCGAUUUGGACAGGUGGGGGUGACGUUUGGUUCCGUGUGUGUUUUGGAAGCCAACGUUGGAAUGGCUUUACAGUAGCCAGCAAUCAGCAUUGUUCGAAUGUGUCGCAAGCGUGUACAUAGCUCUGACAAACCCUAACAAGCAUACCCUGCAUCUAAUGCCAUAA